GGAUGACUAGCAGCUUUUGUGGAAGAACUGUGCUCGGUUGCUGCGAAUGGUUCGGGACGCUCCAUUGUUAGUUCUUGGACGCCAGAUUGGUUCUGAUCGUUCUCCUUAAAGGAUUUAUUAAGAAUUGGGUUCAAAGUGGAUUUUCCAUGGAUUUUUCCAUCUGAAGAGCAAAAGUGUGUGCUGGCACGGCCAGUGAGAUAAAAGCGCAUAUUCUUCCUAGACCUUCAAAAGUACCCCUACGCAUUUUUGCCGAACAUUUAUUGAAAUACACUUCGAACUGCCACCAGACAGAAUCUUAAAUGGAUUACUAACGGGAAGACCUGCUGCUGGUUCUCGUACUCCCGAGCACUGUCCAUUCAUGAUCUGAAGAGAAGAGAAGAAAAUAAUGCUGGGUUGGUCAUCGGAAACUCUCAUGCCAGCGCGUUCAAAAUCUUAAGGGUGAAGUAAAGAAGUAAUCAAGGACCGAAACGGCAGUGCUACAAUGAGGUCUGAGGCCUUGCUGCUGUAUUUCACACUGUUGCAGCUCGCCGGGGCCGGCUUCCCAGAAGACUCGGAGCCAAUCAGUAUUUCACAUGGCAACUAUACAAAGCAGUACCCAGCUUUUGUUGGACACAAGCCUGGAAGGAACAAUACUCAGCGGCACAAGCUGGACAUCCAGCUGAUCGUGAUCAUGAACCGGACCCUCUACAUCGCCGCCAGGGACCACAUAUAUGCUGUGGACAUGGACACUGCGUACACGGAGGAGAUCUUUUUCAGCAAGAAGCUAACGUGGAAGUCCAGGCAGGCGGAUGUGGACACCUGCAGAAUGAAAGGGAAGCACAAGGAUGAAUGUCACAAUUUCAUCAAGGUCCUCCUGCAGCAGAACAAUGACACCUUGUUUGUGUGCGGAACGAACGCGUUCAACCCCUCAUGUCGAACGUACAAGAUGGACACCUUGGAUGCCCUCGGAGAAGAGAUCAGCGGGAUGGCCCGCUGCCCUUACGAUGCCAAGCACGCCAACGUCGCCCUGUUUGCCGAUGGAAAGCUUUACUCGGCCACGGUAACAGACUUCCUAGCGAUCGAUGCCGUCAUCUAUCGCAGCCUGGGAGACAGCCCAACCUUGCGCACGGUCAAGCACGACUCCAAAUGGCUCAAAGAGCCCUACUUUGUGCAGGCCGUUGAUUAUGGGGACUUCAUCUACUUCUUCUUUCGGGAGAUCGCCAUGGAAUACAACACCAUGGGGAAGGUGGUGUUCCCUCGGGUGGCGAGGGUGUGCAAGAACGACAGGGGUGGCUCCCAGAGAGUGCUGGAGAAACAGUGGACGUCCUUCCUCAAGACCCGCCUGAACUGCUCCAUCCCCGGCGACUCCCACUUCUACUUCAACAUCCUCCAGGCCGUCACCGACGUCAUUCACAUCAACGGCCGUGACGUUGUCAUGGCAACCUUUUCCACGCCCUACAACAGCAUUCCAGGCUCGGCGGUCUGCGCCUACGACAUGGCCGAGAUCGCCGUCGCCUUCACCGGGCGUUUCAAGGAGCAGAAGUCGCCAGACUCCACCUGGACGCCGGUUCCCGAGGAGAAGGUGCCAAAACCGAGGCCUGGUUGCUGCGCCGGGACGGCGUCCAUGGAGAGGUACAAAGUGUCCAACGAAUUUCCUGACGACACCCUGAACUUCAUCAAGAUGCACCCCCUGAUGGACGAAGCGGUGCCGUCCAUCACCAACCGGCCCUGGUUCCUGAAGACCAUGGUGCGGUACCGGCUGACACGCAUCGCUGUGGACAACGCCGCAGGCCCCCACCGGAAUCACACGGUCGUCUUCCUGGGGUCGGAGAAGGGGAUCAUCCUGAAGUUCCUGGCCAGGGCGAGCAGCGGCUUCCUCAACGACAGCCUCUUCCUGGAGGAGCUCAACGUCUUCAACCCGGAGAAGUGCAGCAUCGACGGCGUGGAGGACAAGCGCAUCGUUAGCAUGCAGAUCGACAGCAAGGGCCACGCCCUGUUCGUGGCCUUCACCUCCUGUGUCGUCAGAGUGCCACUGUCCCGCUGUGAGCGCCACGGGAGGUGCAAGAAGUCAUGCAUCGCGUCCCGGGACCCCUACUGCGGAUGGGUGGCAGAGGGAGCGUGCAGGGAGGUCGUGUCCGACACAAAAUUGGCGUUUGAGCAGGACGUCGAGCAUGGCAACACAGAUGGACUGGGAGACUGCCAAAACUCUUUUGUGGCCCUCAAUGACGUUCUGUCCAGUCCUCACGGUCACGAAAAGUCUCAAAAUUCUCGCCAUGGCCACUCCCCCUUACACACCACUGCCCACCCCCCAGCACGAGGACCCCUGGGCCAGGGCCGCAUGGUCGAGCAGAAGGACCCCCCUGUGCCCUCUGAUAAGAAGGACCCUUAUAUCGCUGUCCCCUCUCAGACCCAGCAGGAUGCCAAUGGGGUGAUUCGCGAGAGCUAUCAGAAGGGCCGCGAUCAGCUGGUCCCCGUCACACUCCUGGCCAUCGCCGUCAUCCUGGCCUUCGCCAUGGGGGCUAUCUUCUCGGGGAUCAUCGUCUACUGCGUGUGCGACCACCGGCGGCGGGACCUGGAGCUCUCCAGCCGCAAGGACAAGGACGCGGCGCACUCCAGGAGGGGCUCGAUGAACAGCGUCACCAAGCUGACGGGACUGUUCGAGACGCAGGCCAAGGACGGGCGCCCCGAGGCCAUCCUCACGCCACUUAUGCACAGCAGCCGCGUGGGCUCCGCCAACGGCAAGAUGCUGAUCAAGGCCGACCAGCACCACCUGGACCUGGCGGCGCUGCCCACGCCCGAGUCCACGCCCAUGCAGCCCCGGCGCAAGCCCAGCCGCGGCAGCCGCGAGUGGGAGCGCAACCAGAACCUCAUCAACUCCUGCACCAAGGACCUGCCGUCCAUGGGCUCCCCGGUGAUCCCCACCGACCUGCCCCUGCGGGCCUCGCCGGGACACAUCCCCAGCGUGGUGGUGCUGCCGCUGCCCCAGCACCAGCAGGCCUACCAGCACGAGUACGUGGAGCAGCCCCACCGCGGCGACCUGGGCCCCAUGGGCGUGGACGACCAGGCCGCCACGCUGGAGUACAAGGCCCUGAAGAGCCCCUGCCACAGCCUGGGCGUGGCGGAGAACGACGGCGUGCCGCCCCGCGUGCCCCAGAGGGAGGCCUCGCUCUCCGUCCCCGCCCCCGUGCCCCAGAUGGGCAAGCGCCUGGAGGUGCACUCGUCCAUGUACGGCCACGAGUACAAGAGGGGCUACCCGCUCGGGUCGCAGCAGAAGGGCUCCGCCCUCAAAAAGCACAACACCAACUCCUCCAACUCCUCCCACCUGUCCCGAAACCACAGUUUCAACCGAGUGGAGAACCCACCCCCGGCCCCGCAGAGGGUGGACUCCAUGCACGUGACGUCCCAGGCGCAGGGGGUGUCCCUAUCCCGACAGCCCAGCAUGAGCUCCUAUGGCUCCCUGCCCCGGACGGGGGCCAAGCACCUAAAGCCCGACGUCCCGCCCAAGCCCUCGUUAGUGUCCCUCUCCACAAACAUCAAGUCGAGCGACUCAUGCACAUAAUCGUCACACGGGAUUUGGGAGAAACACGAUUGCAUCGACUUUGUUUCUUGUCAGUGUACAGCAAAUACGACACACUUUUUAAAAUGUUUUUUUUUAAAUAUAUCUAUAUGGCGAAGUUGUUUGUCGAGCUCAGGCUUGUUGGGUUUCGGUUCCUGGAAAAAAGUGGAAUAUUUGCUAUGGAAAAAGAAACAAAAUGAAUUUCAUCAAUAUUUCAUCAAAAAGCAACAUGUCACCCUGUAGCAUUCUGAACAAUGGCUGUGUUGGACUGAAAGAAGCACAGCGAUUCGGUGGAUGUUUUUUUUUUUGUUUUGUUUUUUUCUGUUUUUUAUUUUUUUUUUGUGUUCAAACAGGCUGCCAAAAGCACAUUGCAGUGGUGAAAGCAGGAGUCACUGUUGGACAGUGGGGGCCGGGGUAGGACUCGGCAGGCACCUGGGUUCGUGGAGCUUAGACUGGAACAAUGGCCAGGGGUGGACUUUGUGUGGAAAACUGUGAAAUGCCUCUCAGUGUUACAGUCACUCGCCGCUGCAGUCAAGCUCAUGGGCCUUCGGUCACAGGCCUCGUCCCGGAAUAUCUGCUACUGUACCGGUUACUGAAUAACAUAUGACUGUUAAUACUAAUAGCUCAUUGUAUUUAUUAUUUAAUAAGUGCUUUUUUUGGGGAAAAAAAGACUCAGACUUUUUUAGGCUCAGAAAAAAUCUUUUAAUAUGAAUUAAUCGAGUGUGAAAUUAUUUAAAGUCAUUAAACUGGAGCCAGUGCAUUUUUCUUGUCAGAUAGGGUCCGACGACCGGUGUUGUUGGGACCUUGGCUUUUGAAGCUUGAGACAAGUGUGACCUCCAGUUGGAGGGAAUAUUUAUUUACCUGUGCCAGGUGGCUCUUGAACAGAGCUAGGACCUUCUUGGAGCAGAAUCUCCCAUGUCAUUAAAAAAAAGGAACAAAAAAAAAAGGUCAGAACAAUGCACGGAACUCUUCAACCUCACCGACACCUCUCCGUAGGCAUCUCUCCCUCAGCACUGUGGUUUGCGUCGGCCGUCUCUUGCCCGAGAGCAGUCGACCCACUGCGGCCAAUCCGGGUCCACCAUUUGCAUGUAAACAUGCAAAGAAAAAAAACAAAAUAUUGCACGGACGACGAACGUGUGGCAGACGGCUUUCUGCCAGGUGUGGAAAAGGCAACGUGUUUCGCCAGGUAUUGGAAGGCAUCAUCUCUCUCGUCUUAUCACACGGGUCCUUUCAUGGGAAUCCACCUGUUUAUAGCCUGUUUUUUUUUUCUUCCACAUGUAAAUGUGUGCCUUACACCCCAAGUAGUGAACAUUUCUUUAGCUGUUAAAUAUGUUUCCUCGUAGAUUUUAUGAUGAGAUAUUUCCCUCCCCCUUCGUCUGAUCAAGGCAAAUAAAGAAUGUAGGUGUUUUGUUGUGACUCUGGUCCCUAGGCAUAUUUGGGAGGGGGUGGGGGGGAGAGGACGACCCCUCUUUCUUUUUCGUGGUUCAUUUUCUUUAUUGUGCCAAUGAAGCGCUUGAAGAAAAACCCUUUCUGUUGUGCUGGCAGUGUCGACGAUGUUGUGGGUGUUUGUUUUUUAAUCCAUCAAGUCCUGAUAUUCUUUUUUGCUCUCAUCUUUGCUGUUUGAUAGAGUGAUUAAUGUAUGUUUUUUGCAAAGGCCUCCUUGUGUUGGGUGGGUGCACUGCAAUAACAAACCGCAAUCUGAUUGGCCACACUACAGUAUACUGAUAAGGCACCAGGUCUCGAGUGUAAAUGAUAAAACUCAAUUUCUAGGAAGCAAAAAAACAGCAGGCUGGUUCCUGCGGUAAUGAAGGCCUCCUCAAGUAAAAUUAGGGAAAACGUUUUAACCCCCUUUUUAAAACCAAGUUUCAACAUUUGAGGCAGAUUAGUAUGUCUAAUCUAUUAACUCUCUAUAUCAAUGAGUUGUAAAUGAGGGUUUUAGCUACUGAUCUGAUUGUUUUGUUUACGUCGUUUUGGGUUUUUUUGUUGUUUUUUUACGUGAUUGUACAUUGUUUUUCAUUAUUGCUCCCAAAUGGAACAUAUCAGUCAAUCGGUAGCGUUCCUGCAGAGAGGCAAGUUUCUGAAUCUUUGGCAGAUUUCCUGUGAGAAAAC